AUGGAUCAGAACGUAAAAGCGAAUGGGAAUUAUUCGGGUCGGGUUGUGGAGGGACCGACGAACCCGAUGGUAACACCUCUCUUAACGGAUCUUUAUCAGUUUACAAUGGCUUAUGCUUAUUGGAAAGCCAAUAAACAUCAAGAGCGAGCUGUGUUCGAUUUAUAUUUUCGCAAGAAUCCUUUUGGUGGGGAGUAUACAGUCUUUGCUGGUUUAGAAGAAUGCAUCAGGUUAAUUGCUAAUUUCAAGUUCACCGAGGAUGAAAUCUCUUUCAUCCGUGAAAGUCUUCCUGGUUCAUGCGAGGUAAAAGAGGUUGACUAG